AUGAUAUAAUCAUUUUAAUGCAUUAUUAUAAUUUAAAUAUAGUUCUGUUCAUGUGACUAAAGCCUCGGACUUGCCCGCGUGAGUUCGGAGUGAACACAAAGCCUCGUGCCUGCCUGGGAAGAAGCGCGCGCGGACGCGGACGCGUGUACCCUCCCUCUCUCCCUCCCAUCUUUGCGCAUCUCAUUAUCCGAGUCCCGUCGUAGGUGAAGCCGCCUCUCUCUGCCAUACUGAAGCAGGUGUCCAACAUGGCGAACGCUGGCAGCGGCUCUUUGGCGACUCUCCUCUUUUUCUUCCUCUUCCCGGCGGCUCUUCACAAAGUUGUGAGUCAAAACCUGGUGACAGAUAAUGUGUCUGUGGUGGAGGGGGACACGGCCAUCAUCAGCUGUCGAGUGAAGAACAACGACGACUCUGUGAUCCAACUGCUGAACCCCAACAGACAGACCAUUUACUUCAGGGACAUGAGACCAUUGAAAGACUCCCGCUUCCAGCUGGUGAACUUCUCAGACAACGAGCUGCGGGUGUCACUCUCCAACGUCUCGCUGUCAGACGAGGGUCGAUAUGUUUGCCAGCUCUACACAGACCCCCCACAGGAAGCCUACGCUGACAUCACAGUGCUAAUUCCUCCCGGUAACCCCAUCAUCGAAGCCCGCGAUGAGGUCCUGAGCGAGGGCAACGAGACGGAGAUGACCUGCUCCGCCAUGAGCAGCAAGCCCGCCGCCGCCAUCAGAUGGAUGAAGGGAGAUAAAGAGCUUCCAGGCAAACCCAAAGUUGAACUGACCUACGACAAGAUGUACACAGUAACCAGCCGGCUGUCAUUCACCGUCAACAAAGAGGAUGAUGGGAUGCCUGUGAUUUGCAUCGUGGAUCACCCUGCAGUCAAGGACUUCCGAGCACAGAAGUACUUGGAGGUGCAGUACAAACCGGAGGUGAAGAUCGUGGUGGCGUUUCCUCAGGGUUUGACGAGGGAAGGAGAGAACCUGGAGCUGACAUGUCAAGCCAAAGGCAAACCGCAGCCUCACCGGGUGAAAUGGUUGAAGGUGGACGACGACGUUCCGUCUCACGCCGUCGUCACCGGCGAUGACCUUUUCAUCGAGAACCUAAACAAGUCCUACAACGGGACCUACCGCUGCGUGGCCUCCAACACUUUGGGGGAGUCGUUCGAUGACUACAUCCUAUAUGUCUACGAUGCUCCCACCACCACUCCUUCCCCCACCACAGCCAUCAUCACCACCACCUCCAUCACCACCACCUCCACCUCAAGUCCCAGAGCCAAUCAAGACACUGCGCCCAGCACUGAACCUGCAGCUCAUGACUCUCGAGCCGGAGAGGGCGCGCCGAGAACGGUGGACCACGCAGUCAUCGGGGGAGUGGUGGCCGUGGUCGUCUUCGCCAUGCUCUGCCUACUCAUCGUCUUAGGUCGCUACUUUGCGAGACACAAAGGGACCUACUUCACACACGAAGCCAAAGGGGCGGACGACGCCGCGGACGCGGACACGGCCAUCAUCAACGCCGAGGGAGGCCACACCAACUCCGACGAGAAGAAGGAGUACUACAUCUGAUCUCAACCGGACCCCCCCUCGCUUCCAAAGUCCUCCUCGGGACACGGAGCAGUAUUUUUAUUGGGGGGGAGUGAAUCGGGCAGGGAGGGGGGACUGAAGAAGGGCUUCUGAGCUGGAUCGCUUUUAGAGAAGGUCGGACCGUAGAGAGGUUUUAAAGAGCAGCCUGGUUUCAAGCCGUUGUUUAGUCUAGUCUGCAGACGUAGAUGGAAUGUUUUGUGUGUUUAAACAAAAACAAACAAAAAAAAAGGUUUAAAAAAAUAUUUAAAAUAAAAAAAAAAAGGUGGGGUUUUCAGUAAACUGAGAAGGGGGCGGGGUUGGGGGGCGGGAGGGUUUGCCAGACGUUGCCAGAAAUCACUGUAGAGAGCUUCACCAUUCAACACCUUUCCCUACUGCUGAUUUGAUUUGGUUUUUGCAGAAACUUCUGUGCCUUGUUCGGAAUUUUCUUUGUUUUUAUCCACAUCCGUGUUGACAUCACUUCUUCCCGCUUUUCCCGCCUCACCAGCCACGCUCGUCUUUGGCUCAGAGCGCCCGCCACUCAUGUCUGUAAGUGUCUGCGCGCCCUCUCCUGCAUCACAAAAACUUUCCAGUAUACUGUGAUUUGUCUCAAGCCAUUUUUCCCUCAACUUUUGACAGCUCCAAGGAAAAAAAAAAAAAAAA